GUGAACGUGUUCAAUUAAAAAUAGAAAAAGAAAACAGGCGCGUUGGCAGUCAGUUGUGGGAGAGAUGGAGCAUAUGUACCCAAACGCGUCGCGCAGCGUCACACCACUCCAAAGCUCGGCACAGACGAUGUCGUUCACCGGCUUGGCCAUCGCUUCUGUUUACGGUGUAAUCAGCGUGUUGGGGCUAAUCGGCAACAUCACGCUCAUCAAGACCUUUUGCUCUGCCAAAUCCAUCCGCAACGUGCCGAAUCUCUUCAUGUCGAGUCUUGCGCUGGGGGAUGUUUUACUGCUGGUGACCUGCGCUCCGGUGGAUGCCAGCCGCUACCUGUCAGAGGAGUGGCUGUUCGGCAGAGUGGGCUGUAAAGUCAUCCCCUUCAUUCAGCUCACUUCGGUUGGGGUGUCUGUGUUCACUCUCACAGCCCUCUCAGCUGACAGGUACAGAGCCAUUGUAAAGCCUCUGGACAUCCAAACAUCAAGCACCACUACCAGCAUUGUCCUGCGGGCGGCGCUGAUCUGGGUCUUCUCUCUUGUCCUGGCAAUCCCUGAGGCCGUCUUCUCUGACCUCCACUCCUUCAACAUCACCUCCACCAAUGAGAGCUUUGUCACCUGUGCCCCUUAUCCCCAUGCCGGGGAACUGCACCCGAAGAUCCACUCCAUGGCCUCCUUCCUCAUUUUCUACGUCAUUCCUCUACUGGUCAUAUCCAUGUACUACACCUUCAUAGCCCGGAGCCUGAUGAGGAGUGCCUCAAACCUGCCUGUGGAGGGGAACGUGCACGCAAGGCAACAGGUUGAAUCGAGGAAGCGCUUGGCCAAGACAGUGCUGGUGUUUGUUGGUCUGUUUGCAGUGUGCUGGCUUCCCAGUCAUGUCAUCUACUUGUACCGCUCCUAUCACUACUCCCAGGUGGACACUUCCCUGGUUCACUUUGUGUGCAGUGUUGUGGCUCGUAUCCUGGCUUUCACCAACUCCUGCCUCAACCCCUUUGCCCUUUACCUGCUGAGCAAGACCUUCCAGAAGCAGUUCAAUCAGCAGCUUUGUUGUUGCUGUCGUAUGAUAUUCAAACGCUCCUCACAGAGCCCGACGCAUUUUAACACGCGUCUGACAUCUGUCCGCAGCACACAUCACUCCAUGGCAAGUCUGAGCAUGAUCAACGGCAGACGGCUCUAUCAGGAGGAUUGUGUGUAGGAAAAGGAAUAGUUACUUUAUUCAUUAAUCCAUCUUUUUCACUCCAUCAUGCAGGCCCAAAAUACAGACAUGCAUACACAAGACCCAUGGACAUGCAACUGAGAGGAGAGAUGUUAGAGUGAAGGGAAAUGUAUGUGAAUAUGUGAGUGUGAGUGAGAGUGAGUGAGUGAGAGAUACAUUUGAUGUACAUUUCCACACUUUUCUUGUGACUUCAGUUCUCCACAUCAUUUCAUAUGACAUCAAUUUAAAUAUAUUUCCAUUCAAUCUAUUACUCUUUUUCAUGAUGUACUUCUGUUUUAAACACUGAGUCUUGUUUAAUUUGGUGUCAUUGCAGUUUGUAAAGUAUCUAUACUAAAUUUGACUUUAUUAUUUGCACGCUAACUGUUUUAUUUUGUGAGCUUUCUUUAAAAAAAAAAAAAACUUAGCUCAUCUCAUUGCAGCAUUUUCCCUUUUUGAGUCAGCAGCCUUGCUAACCACAUCUGUUCAGUAACACAGACACACACCCACACAAUACUAAGGGCACCUUUUUUCCCAGGCAUGAGGCAAAACUUUGACGCCAUAUAAUUCACGCCCUAUUUAGUACUUACUUAAGUGUUUGUUUUGACACUUAGAACGUACUCGAAAGAAGUCUUUCUCUCAUCUUAACUAAGUGCUGUGAGUGCCUGAACAUGGCCAUAAUUAAAACAUGCUUUAGCUGUCAAGAGGCGAUAUUGUGGAACAAGAGUAGACGCAUAACAGCAGCUGUGUGAGGCUGUACUUGAGCUAAAUGCUAAUAUUGGUAUUGUAGGAUCUUCAGUCACAUUGCUAUUAUUCUUAUGUUGAGCAAGUAUAAUAUUGGCAUGCUAACAUAUGCCAUUUAGGAAUACAACCAAUCACGUACAAGCUUUAAAAAGUAUAGUGCUGUUUGACGUCUUUGACGUACAUUCUGUACCUGGUAAAUUACAACAUAGUCACACUUCCAGUUUGUGUCACAGGCUGUUAUGAGUGUUAAGUCUCCAAGCCAAAGCUGAGAUAAACACGAAGACUUAUUCGAAGACUUUUUUUUAGACCAUGACAGAAGACAUUAUUCUAUCCUUCACAUGAUGACUUAAGUGAACACAAACUGACAUGAAAUUGGACCUUUAAGGGUUUUAUUCAAGGAGAGAUUUCACACUACGAUUUGAGUAAAAAACAGUAUUAGUCUUUAGAAGGUGACUCAUACCUCUAGUGCCAAGAUAUUAAGUAAAGUAACUUUUUUACUGCUACAAUAGAUAAAAUGCUUUUGCUAUGAUGUUGCCAAAAGUUCAUUUAUUGUGUUGUAAUAUGUGGUAAUUGUUCAUAUUUGAAUAUCACUGUAUAAAAAUCUGCUGGG